AGUCACGUUGAGUGGGAAUAAAUCACCCACACCCACACCCACACCUCACCUCCUCCCAUUUUGGCUUCCCUUUUCGGUGCGUUGCCGGUUCCAUUCCACGGAGGACAAGAUGGCAGGAGGACUGAAGCGCACCGAGGAGGAGUGCGCGCACUCUCCGUUCAUCCGCAAGCAAGGCAACAUCUACAAGCCCAACAACAAGGAGGAGCAGAAGGAGGACAUGGACAACGACAGCAUGAACGAGAAGUCCAUGAUGGACGACGUGCACAACAAGGAGAUCGACCUGGUCAACCGCGACCCCAAGCAGAUCAACGACGACGUGGUCAAGGUGGACUUUGAGGACGUGAUCGCCGAGCCGCUGGGGACGUACAGCUUCGACGGCGUGUGGAAGGCCAGCUUCACCACCUUCACGGUCACCAAGUACUGGUUCUACCGCCUGCUGACGGCGCUGGUGGGCAUCCCCCUGGCGCUGGUGUGGGGCAUCUUCUUCGCCAUCCUGUCCUUCGUGCACAUCUGGGCGGUGGUGCCGUGCAUCAAGAGCUACAUGAUCGAGAUCCACUGCGUCAGCCGCGUCUACUCCAUCUGCGUGCACACCUUCUGCGACCCCUUGUUCGAGGCCAUGGGCAAGUGCUUCAGCAGCGUGCGGAUCAGCACCAUCAAGGAGGUGUAGGCCCGGAGCGGGAGGAUCCGCGGGGCCGGGGGUUCGGGGGCGUGUUUGGUGGGAAAGGGGCCGUGGUCUCACAGCACCUCUCUCCGCCGGUGGGAAUCAACAAAGAGGAGGCGCGGGUCUGUGUUUGUGUUCCAGAUCUUUCCCUCUUUUGAAGCAAACAUCUCCACUUCUCUGUGUUUGCUUGUGGAGCCGCUGGCCAGGCGGGGCGGCGGUCCGAAAGCUGCUGACACGGCACAAAAGCAAACAAGCGCAGAGCAACAACCCCCGACCCCCAUGCCUCCCAUGACCUCCUAGACCCCCCCAGCCCCUCUUCCUCGUCCCCCACCUGGCUUUGCUGCAGUCCAACACACUGAACCCGCCCACCCUUUUUCCCCCCCCCGCAUGAUGCUGCAAGCCGCUCACUUGACCUAGGAAGUCAACGUCGCCUUUUUGUCCGCCCGACACGCCAACAAAAUGAAGAACUUUGGGCAGCUAACGAGCAUGACGUGACUCGCUGUUGUUGCGACAAAUGUGCUAUUUCCCGUGAGCUAGCGUCACGUCGUGUUAGCCGCACGCCGCUUUGCUUCAGUCGUUGCUCGUUAACACGCCCCUAGGUUUUUCCUCACAAUCUAACGCUGACACAGAGUUAUUUUUAAAUAUUCAAUGUGACGUCCCGGGGCGGGGAGGGGCUCUUAUCGUUAGCUUUCCAUGUUUGCACGCUUUGACUCACCUUCAGUCUACCUGCUGUCCUUACCCCCGCCCCCCACCCCGCCUUCUUGAAUUGGGGCUGAAAAGGUGAUAUUUUUAUAUUACAGGACUUCCCUUCUUUGCCUUCACUGUACAAAUAUCAUGCAGAGCACAUUAAAGUUGAAUACGACCA